AAUUUUAUCACUUCUCUCGCUCACUAACUACCUAAGCUGGUAUUUGUUAACUUAAUAUUUGAUUAUUUCUUUCUUAUUUUACCUUAAAAUAAGUUUAACAGUUGAUAAAUUCAUAACUUAUGUAUUGAAUGUAGUAACUAACACUUGUAAAUAUAUAUAGCAACUAAUAUUUUUUAACACCUAAUCAAUUAUUCAAUAGUGAUAAGCUACGACUGAAAGUGUCAUAGAAAUGGCAGAUGAGACAAGAAAUAUUCUGGUAACAGGAGGUGCUGGUUAUAUUGGUUCACAUACUGUUCUGGAACUACUUAAUGCUGAUUUUCAGGUGGUGGUUAUUGAUAAUCUGAGUAAUGCUUUCAGAGGCAAAGGACAUGAAAAACCUGAAUGUAUACUACGAGUUGAGAAAUUGGCAAACAAGCAAGUCAUCUUUAUUGACUGUGAUAUAACAAAUAAAAAAUCAUUGAAUGACAUUUUUCAAAAGCACAAAUUCUUUUGCGUCAUUCAUUUUGCUGCCUUGAAAGCUGUUGGAGAAUCAUGUACAAUACCACUGGAAUACUACAAAGUCAAUGUUGCUGGGACAUUAAAUUUGCUCGAAGUUAUGAGAGAAUAUAAUCUCAAACGAAUCAUUUAUUCAAGCAGUGCUACUGUUUAUGGUGUACCAAAAAAAUUGCCCUUAACAGAAGAAAUGGAAACUGGCAAUUGCACUAAUCCUUACGGAAAAACUAAAUUUAUGGUAGAAGAAAUUUUGAAGGACUUGUGCAGUUCAGAUAAGGCAUGGUCUGUUAUAUCUCUGCGAUAUUUCAAUCCAGUAGGAGCCCAUCAAUCAGGCCAAAUUGGAGAGGAUCCAAAUGGAAUCCCUAACAAUUUAAUGCCAUUCAUCGCUCAAGUUUCUGUGGGAAAAAGAGAGUUUCUAUCCGUUUAUGGCAAAGACUAUGAAACUCCUGAUGGAACUGGAGUUAGAGACUACAUCCACAUUUUAGAUCUAGCAUCAGGCCAUGUAAAAGCACUCAUUUAUCAGAAAACGAAAAAUCCUCUUGGUUUUCAAGCAAUUAAUCUUGGAAGUGGAAACGGUUAUUCAGUGCUUGAAGUAAUAAAUGCUUUUGAAAAGGCUUCGAGCAAAAAAAUUCCAUAUAAAAUUGUUGACAGAAGAUCGGGUGAUAUUGCUUCUAGUUACUCUGAUGCAAGCUUAGCACAAAAAUUGCUGGAUUGGGUUGCAGUCAAGAAUAUUGAUGACAUGUGUGCAGACACAUGGAACUGGCAGCAAAAAAAUCCUAAUGGUUACAACUGAACUACUGCAGGACAAAUGUGAUUUUACUAUAUAUUAAAAGUUGAUGUCAUACUGUUUUAACAUUGUUAAUCAUUGUAAAAUUUAUUAUUUAUUUCAUACCAGUGGUGGUAUACAGUUACCUGUUUUAUAUAUACAAAAUGAAAAAACUGUGUAUACAGUACAUACUAUAGAUACACACGAUGAAUAAGGAUCUUUGAUAAUAUGUUGCUAUGUGCAAAAUAUGCAAGUGUUAAAAGAACGCAAUCAAAAUUGGCUGUGACAAGCGACAUUUAAUAAUUAAAGAAAUUAAUAUAAAACUA